AAUAAAUCUCUAACGAUGCUGCCUCCAUUGUUCCAUUGUUUCAGGGUGUUGAAACCCCCUGGUGGCGGAAGCAGCGACAUUUUCGGCGCGGCGCCCGAAGAGACUAGCCCCCGCCGCGUGAAGAACCACAACCAAUCGCAGUUGGGCUCCGCUUUGUUCGGCGAUACACCGAACAACAGCAACAGCAACGAAACGCCGCGCAACAAGCCCGGUAAUGAUUCAUACAAUCGCCUGUUUGGCCCUCCCGAUGCCCCACCCACCACCCCAAACGCGAAAAAUCACAUGCGCAGCAAUAUCUCCCUCAGCGGGGAGUCGAUGUCCUCGUCGGUGUCAUCAGGCGCCGCAACGUCGCCCGCGAAGAGCACCGGAAGCUCGGACUCGAUCGCGGGCGUUCUCAACGGAUACGCGGCCAGCAAUGGCAACAAUAUGAUCAACGAUGUCACAG